AGAUAAGGUAGCCCAGUGCACCAAGAGAUGGGAUACUGCAUUCCAGGAACCUUAACAUCUCCUCUACCUCCUUCAAAUCCAACACACACCAAAUCACUCAGAUACACUCUUUCUGCUUCCAUUCAGAGAAACCAAAUCCCACUGAUAGGGAAAAAGGUAGGAAGAAGGCUGAUUCGAAUAUCGACAGCAGAAGGGAAAUGGCAAGGAAACUGGAAUGCUGACUAUAAUUUCUCACUCCGAGAUCUUCGGUUGGAUGAUUUAGUUGAAGAUGACGAUCCUAAUGAUGCACGAGUCUUUGUUUCUCUAUCCAUUCAUAGGCAUGCAGGAUUUGGGCUUUCGGUUGAUGGGACAAUUGACACAUCUUUCACCAGAAAGUGUAGCAACUGCUCUUCCCCUUACUGCAGACAGAUUACAACCAACUUCAAUGUCUGGGUUCUCCCGUCUGCCAAAGAUGGCGACUCAAAUCAGCUACCUGAAAUUGGCGGCGACGAUCCAUCAGUCAUCUAUGUGAAACCUGGAUGUGAAGCAGAUCUCGACUCAUUAAUACAGGACACAAUUAGGCUCACUACUUCCGUGAAUGAAACAUGUUCAGAUUUUUGUGAGAAAUCAGAACUCGGGUUAAGACAUGUAGGCAAUGCAAAGGCUCCAACUGUUGAUAAGAGGUGGUCCAAGUUAUUAGAGCUAAAGAAAUCAUAUCAAUAAACUUAAUACGCAGAUCUAUUUGAAGCCCAGAAAAUUGAUUCAAGCACAGCUGCUAUUUUCAAGAACAGGAGGAUAAUACUUUUUUGUGGCACUAUGGGUGAUCUUCCGGCUCCCAGUUUCAGGCUGCAAUGCUAUGAUGUGUAUAUAUCUGCCAGGAUUAGCCCUUUCAUCUUGUUUAUUGUAAUACACAAAAUACUCUAUACAAAAUGAAUAAUUGGAUAUCUGCUUGUCAUCUA